AUGCACAUCCUCUCUCUCUUCCUCUCCGACGCGUCCCCCGCACCCGCCUUUUUCGACCACUCUGCAAAAAUAUCCGUCAGCACGAACAAUGUCGCCCCCUCCGCCAACCUCAACCUCGAUCUCGACCACCUGCCCGACGCCCCGCCCACCGCGAACAACAACAACCUGCUCCACCCCCAGCACCCCGCGGCCCUCUCCCCGCCCUCGUCCCCGCUCUCCUCUCUGCCCCCCUCCGACGACCCCACCAUCGACAUCACCACCACCAUCCCCGAGACCGUCCUCAUCUCCCAUGCCCCCGGCUGGUCCCUCUUCCGCAACCUCUACAUGUCCGGCGGCACCCUCUUCAUCGUCACCUCCGACCCCGCCGCCUUCCCCGACAUCUCCCUCCUCACCUCCACCGGCCUUCCUGCCGAGAACACCCCCGAGAGCAUCCAGGCCCGCAUGCCCACCGCGAAGGACAUGGCCGUCAUCACCCCACGCGAAGCCCACAGGCGCUGGGGCGGCGAACCGCUGCUCGGCCACAAAAACCGCAUCUUCCCCAUCGAGGGCUCCACGUUCCUUUUCAACGACCCCGGCCAAUUCCUGAACCACUACUACCACUUCUGCGCCGAGCUCCUCUUCGGUGCCUGGGCCUUCUGGUCCGGCACCUUCGCGUCCGCGCCCCCCGCCGCCCAGGACGUCCCCACCACCCCGCACCCCGCCCGCAUCAUCUUCCCCCACGCAACCGCCCCCGAAUGGCGCGACAGCCCCGGCUUCAACGCCUACUUCCUCCGCGCCGCCUUCCCCUCCGUCGCCGUCGAGACCCAGCACGACUGGGCCGACCGCACCCGCGCGGGCGGCACAGGCGGCGCGAAGCCCCGCGCGUGGUGGUUCGACACCGUCCUCCUCGCCGACCGCAGCGCCGCCUUCCGCGGCCCCGAAUGCGGCUCGCGCACCCAACGCACCGCUGCCGAGGCCCUCCGCGCCGUCUCUAGCGCCGCGCCGCGCACCGACGGCAGCCUCGCGUCGCCCGUGCCCGCCAGCCGCGCGCGCGACCUCCACACGAACUGGUGGGAGCCCGUCCGCCGCGCGGUCCUGCGCUUCGCGGGCGUCGACCCCGCCGUGCUCGACCUCGGCCUGCGCGCGUCCUCGCGCGAGGCGGGCGGGCUCGCCCCCGCGGAGGUCGUCGUGACGUACAUCAGCCGCCAGAGCGUACGCCGGCGGCUGGUCGCAGAGGACCACGAGGGACUCGUCCGCGCGCUCAGGGAGGUGUGCGGGCGACGCGGGUGGGAGCUGAACGUCGUCAAGGCGGAGAAGAUGACGCGUGAGGAGCAGGUGGCCGUCGUGGCCAGGACGACGAUCCUGCUCGGCGUGCACGGCAACGGGCUCACGCACCUCGUCAUGAUGCCCGUCACGCCCGUGUCGACCGUGAUCGAGAUCUUCUACCCGAGCGGGUUCGCGCACGACUACGAGUGGACCGCGCGCGCGCGGGGCAUGCGGCACUUUGCGAUCUGGAACGACACCGCGCUCGCGUACCCCGAUAUCCAGUACCCGAACUACCCGGAGGGCUUCCAGGGGACGCAGAUCCCAGUGCACGGCCCGCACGUCGCGAAGCUCAUCGAGGACCGCGUCGACGGCCGCCUCCCGUAG